GUGAUCGAACUUCAUUCAAUUUUACUUAAAUUUUUAAUAUAUUUUUUACAGAAAUUUUAAAAAAUGAACCAUAUAGUAAAAAAUAUAAAACAAAUAACCACUAAAUAUCCUGUAACAAGAGGAAUGAUUACUUAUUCAAUAACAUGGCCAGCUAGUUCAUUAAUACAGCAAACUAUGGAAGGAAAAGAAAAAUUUGAUUGGUGCCGUGUAAUGCGUUUUGGUUUAUUUGGUGGUUUUUUUGUUGCUCCAACAUUAUAUGGUUGGAUUAAAGUAGCAUCAGCUAUGUAUCCUGGAACAAAUUUAAAAAUUGCAAUAGUUAAAGCUAUUGUAGAAACUAUCUCAUAUACCCCAGCUGCGAUGACUUGUUUCUAUUAUUUAAUGACGUUAUUUGAAGGAGAAGGUUUUGAGGCCGCAUCAACAGAAGUUAAAAAUAAAUUUUUACCAACAUAUAAGGCUGCUGUAUCGAUAUGGCCAGUAGUUGCUGUAAUAAAUUUUGGUUUUGUUCCAGAAAAAAAUCGAGUUGUAUUUAUUAGCAUAUGUAGUUUUAUGUGGUCAAUAUUUUUAGCAUAUAUGAAGCAUUUAGAUGAUAUAAAAGAUGCCCCAAAAUUUUUAACAAAUUAAUCACUAUUAUAUUAUUUUUAUUCUGUUUCUUACAUUCUUUUUAGUUCCAAUAAAAACAGCAAAUUUUCUAUUUAGGCAAGUA